AGAAGGGCCUGACAGCGCGUGUCCUCUGUCAGGCCCUUUCCACUCUCAAGCCCCUACGUCAUUUCCGUUCGAUCGAGAGACUCCUACUUGUCGCGAGCUAUAAGAAUCCAUCUUGUCGUGCGGAUAAUUCCGAAGUCGUGAUGCAUCCUUCAAUUCUAAGUCAUGGUGCCCUACCAGAAAUAAUCAGAUGCAGCACAUGCUGCCGUCUGUAUCAUUGCCCGCUUUGUCCUAACUUUAGGCCAGCGAAGCUGAACAGACUAAAGAUCCACCUGGAUGUGCAUAUAAAAAAUGCAGUGUUUUUCCAAAACUUAAGAAUUUGCAGAUGCACGCUACCUUGUAGAAAGGAUGGUCAUUUCCACUGCCCUAGGUGCAGUGAGACAAUGAUUAAAAGAAACACUUUUGUGGAGCACCUGGAAAAGUGCAGCGGUGUGACCAAAAAGACUGAGUCCUCAUGCUUACUUCAGACAGCCUUACCUCCAAUUCCAUUGCUUCAACAAGCAAAAUCUUCCUCUCCACAGCCUGAAGGGGAUCAAUGUUUCCCUCAACUAAAGACAGAAGUAGAACCUUCCCAUCUGCCCUCAUUCAGAAAACCAGUAAAGGUGAAAUGUCCACACUGUUCACUGCUGUUACAUAAAAAGAAUCUACAUACUCACAUUACUAGAAAGCAUUUAUGCACACCAAGAGAUGUGAAUAGGCAGUCACAUUUUGCCAGUGUUUGUGUUGAUACAAAAAAUGGUAUUGCUGCAGUUCAAAAGUCAGGACAUGGAUUUUCAACACCUAUUCAUGUUCAAAAAAAAAUUAAGGGCAACAAACAUGAGGUAAUGUGUGAACUGGAGGAAUGCUGGCAAUAUCAGCUAUUAGUACGCAGGAGUCGUCUUGUGUUCAGUGAGUGCCACCACAUACGUUCACUGGAAUACUGCACAGAAGUAGCAGAGGAAGAGAUUCUACAUGCAAGAGUUUUGGAUGAAAUGGUUGCAUGCAAGUUCUUUGCAGCAGCAAAGAAGGCAGUGUGCUUGAAGAGACAAAGGUUAGCAUUGAAAGCUGGAGCACCUUUUUCUGUCCUUGUUGAUCUUGGUGGGUCAAAGUCUUAUAUUUGUUUAUCCAUCCAUGACUCCACAACAUAUUUCGGUCGCCUUGGAAGAAUGAUGGUUACGUUCAGUAUGAAGAACAACACGUGGCAUUGUCCAUGUGCUAAGCCACAUAUGUCAUGUCCUCAUAAGAACAUUGCAAAGUGGCACAUCUUUCAAAUUAACAGGAACUUGUUCAGAACACAGUUGGAUUCAAAGCCUGACACAGCUUCACAGUCCAAACAGGAACAGGCAACAGAGGACUUGAAGAGGGCAGUGAAAUACAUUUAUGAAAGAAAAAAAAUUCCAGCAAGUCUUCCAGAGGACACAACAACUGCAAAACCACCAUCAGACUACCCAUCAGAUUUAAUUCCAGCGGAGACUUCAUGUGUCCUUUGCUCAAGCAGUCCAAAGUUUGACAUGCCAGUGAAUAUUACAAAUAUGGCCAAAAUAGUAACAACCCUUGGAAUUGCUGAAAAUAUUUCAACCUACUUUAAGAGAUGUCCUGAGUGUCAGAUGACUUACCGUUAUCAGGAGUGGCAAGAUGGACUUCAUAACUUUGAUGAUCAUCUUGUGUUGAGCCUUGAACUAUGUCUUUAUUUAAGACACAGUCUUCAGAACCACAUUUCUGUUUCAAGGGCUAUCAAUACUCUGCAAAAUUUGCGGAAAAAACAGUUUCCACCGACAGACAGGAUUUUGCAUGCCUACUGCCACUUUGAGGCACUAACCAGCACAGAUUACACAUAUGCUUGUGUUCUGUGUGGCUACUGGCCUUCUGUUGUGGUGAUGGACCUGCAUAAAAAGGCUGUUUUUAAUUUGGCUGUCAGUGAUCUCAAAGAUCCACCUGUCAACUAUACUGGUGAGCAAAGCAUUGUGGAUUUCUGGGAUGCUAUCAGUCUAGAGAUGAUUUCUUCUGGCUUUGUUCCCAGUCAGGCACAGAACCCUUGUGCUGUUAAACCAAAUUAUGAAUUCUGGGCACCUUGGAUAGGGCCAAUGACCAGGAAAAGUGACAAAGUACUCAACACAGAACAUGAGAAAAUGUCAGGUGUCAAGCCAUCUACUGAAGUGGCACUGACACUUGUAUCUGAAGAUCGGCUGGUUGACGAAUUGAUGAAACAAAAAGUGAGCACUGUCCGAAAAUUGUGCAAGGCCUGUAACGUUUGUUCCAAAGGGUCCCGUACUGACCUUGUUAUCAGACUAAGGGAGGAGAUGAAAACGAGACAGACAUAUGACAAAGUAUUUCAGAAGAUCUGGGGCGCUUCUGGUGGAUGGUCAGUCAUUGUGUGUCCACAUGGAAUUGUGUACAGCUUAAAAUUCAACCUUAGAGCAGAGAGUCCAAGGGACUUUGCAGAUUUGCUUCUUUCCUGGAAGCACUUUCCAAAUGUGUGUGUAUAUGAUUUUGCCCGUGGGCUAGCUACACAUACUAACUUGAGGGCACCAGCCAUCUUGCCUUUUCAUCCAUUUGAAGGAAGACUGGCACAGCCUACUGUGGAGAACAUUCAGUCAGCUGAGAUGAAAAAACUUCAGGUGUCACUUCCAUGGCUUAUGGAGAGUCUUGAGUACCCUGAGCCUAAUGGCCACCCAGUUACUGGUUCCUCAGAACACUAUGUACUCUAUGACAAGUUUCAUGAGAAAAACACUAAGGACUCAAAAGAUGCGCUGCGAAGAAUUGACCUGGUUCCAGAACUUCGUUGGACAUUGAACAGUCAGGUUGCAGAGCAGUUGUUUUCAGCUAUGCGGAAAAACAACUACUUCUUGAAUAAUAUGUCUCCGUCCACACAUGUGUUUGCAAUGAGGAAUAUCAUCCAUCACCGGAAUACCGCAACAAAUUCAAAACUCUUACAACAGUUGUUACAUCGUGGUGAGAGACCCCAAGAUAUCUGCAACAUUUCACUGUCUAACCUUGGCCAAGCUGUCAUAGGUUCUGAAUCUUUGGCUAGUACUGACUCUGCCAGGACACUAAGCCCAAAAUCUACAAGUCUACAGUCUACACAAAUUAAAGAACAGAGACUUCUGGCUUUUAGUGACAUGGACUUUGGCAUGUGUGGACCACGUUGUGAAGAGCAAACAAAACUGGAAAAUGUAUCAGCAUCCUCUGCAUCAUGGGAGAUGCAGUAUCACCUUGGCCAACAAUUGCUGCUUGAUUAUGUCUUGGACAUUGAAAGACCUCAACAAGAGUUGAUUGUUAGAACUGCAAGAGCGUGUCUGAGCCGGGCUGACUUUUUAACCUUGGGCCUAGACAGAGAAAUUGAAUCAACCAUUGCAAAUGGAUGCUUUGAAUUGAUUGAAGGAAUAGCAGGAGCCAAGGGAAAGGAUAUUUUUAUUGUUGAUUCCUAUGUUGUCCCAACAUGGCUGCCUCCCACAAGCUGUGACCCAAUGGCCUCCUUACCUAGGGAUUCUGGUACCAAGGACAUACUUUUCAUUCCCAUCUGGAUUCCUGGGCAUUUUGUACUUUGUGUUUUGAAGCCGACACAGAGAGAGAUAUUUUUCCUUGACUCCAUGUACCAUAAAAAAAGAUUUGGAUUUUCUGCUGUCCAGUACAUGGAACUGUUGAGGUUAAAGCUUGAGUUUAAAGGAGUUUAAGUUCCUUGGUCCAGUUCCAGGAUCAUUAAUAUGACCACGUUCUACUGGUCAUUUUCUGCAUAAGUAUAGCUCAGACCAUCCAGCCUGGCCACUGGGUAGAGAAAACAGGUUUUGAUUUUGAGGCAUUUCCGGUACAGACACAUGGGAAUGACUGUGGGAUUUUUAUGCUGAUGGCUUGUCUAUACAUUGCUGUUGAUGCCCCUUUUGACUACACAGUUGAUGACAUGCCUCAGAUUAGAAAAUGGUGGUGUAUUCUUCUUUUGGAGAAUUUAACACUGGAAAGGCAUGGAAAAAGAUUUGCUCACUGGACAGCAGAAGCUCAUGCUCUUCUGCGAGGAGAGACUGACCCAGUGUUCAGAUUGCCAAGGAGGAACCUAGAGCCUUCCCAGUCUGAAGAGGAGUCCAUGACAACCCAGGAGGAAACUUUAUCUCUCCCACACUCUGAAGAGCCAAAAGUAAUGGCAGACCUGAAAACUGCAAGAAAAUGGUACCAAGAUCACCAUGAACUCUUUGAGUCUCCUGUGGUCCUUCCCAGAAUCCUCAGAAUGGAGGAUGGUGAUGUGAUUAGAUCACUGAAGAAACUUAAAAAUACUGAAUAUUACACUGAAGAAGAGAGAGAUACCAUCGUGUAUCCCUUUUUAUUUCAGUUUUCAAAUGUUCAAGACAUGCAUUUGUUUUUAGAAAACACAGCCGACAAGGGCUUAAUCGUGUUUUGUUGUUUAGUGUAGUAGGUUCACUGUACAGUACAUUGUUAUUGUCACAACCGAUCGUUCAGACCUCAUGUGGACCACGCCCACCUCAUUUACCUCGUGUGAAUCCCGCUUGUUACCAGCUUUCCUGUUUGAUCUUGUUUGUCUUGUGUAUUUGUUUGUUUUCUAGUUCAUUCCCCAGAUCUGUCAUUGUUGCUACGUGCCUUGUUCCCUGUUAUUCCCUUUUUACCCUGAUUAAACCCUGUUUAUUGGCA